AUGACGUUCCUUCAGAGGCUGGUCAAGCGCAUACCCUCCUCGCGCGAGAGCCUGCCGUCCAUGGAUGACAUUUCCAAGAAGGCCGACCGGAUAUCGCCGCGCCUUGCUUUCUUCCGUCGCCGCAUACGCAUCAAAGGCAACUCUUCCAUCUCGAUACCCUUGGGGCUGGUUCUUCUCUUCCCAUGCAUUGUCAUAAUAUUAAUUCUGGUUCUGUUCGUGCGGCAUCCGUCGUCACCGGGGAGGAUACUGGUUCCCGCGGGGUCACCUCCGUCCAUCAGAAAAAUCAGCGACAAGUACGACAAAGUAUUCUACCCCGGCUGCCUGGAGCCGCCCAAGCCCGAUGAGGACCGCCCCAAGGCGAACGCCGCUUUUGUCGUCCUGGCGAGGAACAAAGAAUUGGAUGGAGUUAUACAAUCAAUCAAAUCGAUUGAGAGGCACUUCAAUAGGUGGUUUCACUACCCCUACGUUUUUCUGAACGACGGCGAUUUCAACUCGACGUUCAAGGAAACUGUUCAGAACUACACCAGUGCACCCGUUGAAUGGGGCAAGAUUGACUCGUCAAUGUGGGGAUUCCCAGACUGGGUGAACAAGGAUGUUGCGCAAGAGGGCAUCAGGAAGCAGGGCGACCAGGCCAUCAUGUACGGUGGCAUGGAAAGUUACCACCACAUGUGCCGAUUCUACUCUGGUAUGUUCUAUAAGCACGAGCUUCUACAGAAGUAUACUUGGUACUGGCGCCUUGAGCCGGAAAUCAAAUACUUCUGUGACAUUACAUAUGACCCUUUUAUCCACAUGGAACGCAACAACAAGACUUAUGGCUUCACGAUCGCUGUCAAGGAACUGAAAGAAACCGUUCCGAAUAUCUUCCGUUAUGCCUCCGCCUACAAACGCACGAACAAUAUCACUUCGAAGGGUUUGUGGGAGAUGUUCGUUGAGAAGCCCCCAGAGGAGGAGGAGGCCAAAGAACUCCCCAAGGAUGAUCCGAAGUACAAGAAACCGCUUCCGGAGGAGAUUAUGAACAUUGAUCCCGAGUCGGGUGCACUUCCGGAGAUUGACCCUGAAGCCAUGGAGGGCGAGGCCUACAACAUGUGCCAUUUUUGGAGCAAUUUCGAAAUCGCACGUCUUGAUUGGUUCAGGAGCAAGGAAUACAACGACUUCUUUGAAAUGAUGGACCGCAGCGGAGGCUUUUGGAUGGAGCGGUGGGGUGAUGCGCCCAUCCACUCCCUCGCAGCCGGUGCCCUGCUUGGCCCUGGUGACAUCCAUUACUUCCGCGACUUUGGCUACCGGCACACGACGAUUCAGCACUGCCCCGCAAAUGCGCCCGCGCGCCAGCUCGAUCACAUUCCGUACCUCGAAAAGACGACCCUGGAUGAGAAGAAGCGCAUUGAAGAAGACGAGUACUGGGCCAACCCCGAUCCCGUGAGGGAGAACGGCGUUGGCUGCAGAUGUAGAUGCGACACGGAUAUCGUGGACGUCGAGGGCAAGCAAGGCAGCUGCCUUGCGGAAUGGGUCGACGUCGCCGGGGGCUGGGCUAGCCCAUAG